AUGGAAAACAUCACUGAAGUCACUGAGUUUGUACUGAAGGGCUUCACAGACAGUGCUGACCUGGAGAUCCUUUCCUUCUUCCUCUUUCUAGCGAUUUACCUCUUCACACUUGUGGGGAAUUUAGGAUUGAUUGCUCUAGUCAUUGGGGAUUCCCGCCUACACAACCCCAUGUACUAUUUUCUGAGUGUGUUGUCCUCUGUAGAUGCCUGCUAUUCCUCUGUUAUCACUCCACAAAUGGUAGUUGACUUCAUGUCAGAGAAGAAAGUCAUUUCAUUCACUGGCUGUGCUACACAGAUGUUUCUGGCUGUUACUUUUGGUACAACAGAAUGCUUUCUUUUGGCAGCAAUGGCUUAUGACCGCUAUGUGGCCAUUCACAACCCACUUCUAUAUGUAGUAAUCAUGUCAUCCAGAGUCUAUGUGCCACUCAUCAUUGCAUCCUACGCUGGUGGAAUUUUACAUGCUGUUAUUCACACUGUCGCUACUUUCAGACUGUCCUUUUGUGGAUCCAAUGAAAUCAGUCAUAUUUUCUGUGACAUCCCUCCUCUCCUGGCAAUUUCUUGUUCUGACACCCACAUCAACCAGCUUCUCCUCUUCUACUGUGCUGGGUCUAUUGAGAUAGUCACCAUCCUCAUCGUCCUGAUCUCCUAUGGCUUCAUUCUGUUUGCUAUUCUGAGGACUCGUUCUGCUGAAGGUAAAAGAAAAGUCUUCUCUACAUGUGGCUCUCAUCUAACUGGAGUGUCCAUUUUUCAUGGUACUGUUCUUUUCAUGUAUGUGAGACCAAGUUCCAGCUAUGCCUUGGAGCAUGACAUGGUAGUGUCGAUAUUUUACAGCAUUGUAAUUCCCAUGCUGAAUCCUCUCAUUUACAGUUUGAGGAACAAAGAUGUAAAAGAGGCAAUGAAAAAGGUCUGGAGGUCUGUACAGACAAACAGGAAGUGACAGAGCUUGGCAGGAAGAGCAAGUGAU